AUGAAGAAAGACAUUGAGAGUCUAAUCGCAGAAGAACGAGCUGAUAUCAUCUUGAAGUAUGCUACGGGCAGGCAGGGCGGGGUGGAGAUCUACCCCUGGGAGGAUGCUGAUUACAGCAUCUACAAAGUCAUCGACCGUUUCGGCUUCAUGCAUGAAGAUGAGCUGCCGGCACCAACUGCACAUGAAGAGAAGCUGAAGCAGCAGGAGAUCGAGAGAGCAGAGAAAUGGCUGAAGAUGGUGAAGAAGUGGGAUAAAUACAAGAACAGUGACAGGAUGGUAAAACGAGUAUACAAAGGCAUCCCCCUGCAGCUCAGAGGCCGGGCCUGGGCACUGAUGCUGGACGUGGACAGGGCCAAGAAGGAGAACGAGGGCAAAUAUGAGGACAUUUCGAAACCAUAUCAUGUUCAUGGAUCGCUUUGGAGUCAAGGCAGGCAGGGCGGGGUGGAGAUCUACCCCUGGGAGGAUGCUGAUUACAGCAUCUACAAAGUCAUCGACCGUUUCGGCUUCAUGCAUGAAGAUGAGCUGCCGGCACCAACUGCACAUGAAGAGAAGCUGAAGCAGCAGGAGAUCGAGAGAGCAGAGAAAUGGCUGAAGAUGGUGAAGAAGUGGGAUAAAUACAAGAACAGUGACAGGAUGGUAAAACGAGUAUACAAAGGCAUCCCCCUGCAGCUCAGAGGCCGGGCCUGGGCACUGAUGCUGGACGUGGACAGGGCCAAGAAGGAGAACGAGGGCAAAUAUGAGAAAAUGAAGGAGCAGGCCAGGCUGUGCUCAUCUGAGAUCAAACAGAUUGACUUGGACAUCAACAGGACAUUUCGAAACCAUAUCAUGUUCAUGGAUCGCUUUGGAGUCAAGCAGCAGGCUCUCUUUCAUGUCCUCUCUGCAUAUUCAGUCUACAACACAGAGGUGAGCUACUGCCAGGGCAUGAGUCAGAUUGCCGCCCUGCUGCUCAUGUACAUGAAUGAGGAAGACGCUUUCUGGGCCCUGUCACAGCUGCUCACCAACCAGAAACACGCCAUGCAUGGCUUUUUUGUUCCAGGCUUUCCAAAACUUCAGAGAUUCCAGGCACAUCAUGAUCAGAUUAUUUCCAAGCUCGUUCCCAAACUGAAGAAACAUCUGGACAAAGAGCAGAUGUCUGCAGGCAUUUACAGCACCAAAUGGUUCCUGCAGUGUUUCAUUGACAGGACACCGUUCACCCUAACGCUCCGCCUGUGGGACAUUUUCAUCCUGGAGGGAGAGCGGCUCCUCACCGCCAUGUCUUACACUAUCCUCAAGAUACACAAGAAGCGCCUCUUGAAGAUGUCUCUGGAGGAGCUGAGAGAGUUCCUGCAGGAGCGCAUCGCUCAGACUUUUUUCUACAGCGACGACAUGAUCGUUGAGCAGCUUCAGGCCUCCAUGGCUGAGCUGCGAAAGAUGAAGCUGGAUCUCCCGCCUCCAGGGAAGCCUGAGGAGCUGCCCCGUAAGCCGCUGGGCCAAGAGCUACCCGUGCUGCUGAGUCCAGUGCGGCCCUCUGAAGGGAAGCCAACGUCAGCUAGCGGGUUCCCCAAAGCCAGCCUGUGCCUCCGCAUCAUCUCCCACCAGCCAGACUCCAUAUCCCCAGACCAGAGUCCCUCCAAGGACCUUGUGAAUCUUGAAGGUGUGGACAAAGAGGAGACUCCGUUGCCUUCCCCAGAUCCCGUCAUCAUCCACAGCCAAGCCCCACUCACCCCUGACAGCUCCCCACUAGCAGGGCCUCCACCUUACCAACCCCCAUGGAGUCAAACUGUGGUUGCAGCAGAUCAGCCGUCACCACGGUCAGACCCGGAGAGGGUUGGAAUAGAAGCUGACACAGAUGUCCCGGUAGGACCUCCCUCACCUUCAGAAAUAACCAGCGCCCCGCACUCAGCCUCUACUAACGACCUCACUGCAGACGCGCGUUCGGCCGUCACCGGUCAGUUCUGCUGCAGAGUCCCGCGGACUCUUUCGGCGCCCGUGUCUCAGGUAGCCUCGCCGGCUUUGGGCAUGGCCCAGUCUGAGAGUCUGCCUGCAGCAGAGAGGCUGCAGCUGCCGGAGCAGGCCUCAGCUCUGAGCAGGGACGUGAACCUGGACUCGAGUGCAGAAUCAGAGGACACAUCGGCUGCCGAUGUUUCAUGAGAAGAGCAGAAAAGUGUAGAUCGCUAAUUUAUUUAUGACGCUUUUACAUGUAAAAAGGUUAAGUCUGUGAUUAAUGUUCUGGUGUGAUUUAUUAGUCAGAUUUACAGUGUUAAGCAACAGUUGCUUCAAAAUGUGCUUUCAGUUUCGGGACCAGUAUUUAUAAAAGUUUUGUAUUUGCCAAUUUUCAAACUGACUUUCUAAAGACUUUUGGCUACAAGAAGCUGUUUCCUCCUUCGGACUUUUCAGCCCUUUUUCAUGUUAGGUAACAUUUUAACUGGUAGAUUUUUGCCCUUUAUGUGGCUGAAAGUUCCAGAUGUAGGUUACAAAGACAAUAUGUCGACAUAGUGAAAGGCAGAUGGGUUUGUUUGGUCCUGAAGCAGUGAACAGGACGAUGUAUGUGCUGUUCUGUUAGAUCCAGUUGUGGGAGAAGGACAUGCUAGCUAGCUGUCAUUCUGGCUUUUAAAUGUCUUAAUUAGAAGAUGUCUGUCUUAAUACAACCCUCACAUGCUUUGCUGAAUAAGCAAAUGGCCCAAGCCAUUUAUAAGCCUUAAAUGGCUUGGGCCUGUAACUGAUAAGAAAUAUAUCAGCAUAUUCUGAGAGGAUCAGCUGAGAACUUUUGUCAGAUUUAAUUGAUUUUCAGUUCAGUUCUUUUCUCCAGUCGAGCAGAAGCUUCAGUAGUUUGGGGGGUUUUGUGGGCACCAAUCUUUCCACUUUAACCGAACAUUAAAAAACACCUGAGUACCUGCUAAAAUCGCUGAUCUGUGGAAAACACGUCACUUCAUCGUUCAACUUUGAGCACAAAGCAUUUUUGCCCAGAAUGGACUGAUUCUUAUAGAGCGCUUUUCUAUUCUCAAAGCGCUCUAUGCAACAUGCCUCAUUCACCCAAUCACACCCAUUCUCACAAGCACUUUAUCUAUACUCAGUGCUUUCUAAGUACAUUCAUAUUCCGAUGGAUGCAUCGGAGAGCAAGUUGGGGUUAGUAUCUUGCCCAAGGAUACAUGACAUGCAGACUGGAGGAGCCAGGGAUCGAACCACCAACCUUCCGAUCAGUAGGUGACCUGCUCUACCUCCUGAGCAACAGCCACCCCAAUCAUACUGACUGACUAAAACUGCCGUCGCCUGCUUUAAUCAAGACAUCAUAUUCUAGGUCUGGAUUGGCGGAAAAGUGAUUUCCAAGGACUCCAAGUCUGAAGCAUCAUCCUUUACAACAGACGAAACACGUUUGUAGUUUUUUAACUUUUUGUGUGUUCAGUCUAGGCCUUUGUAAAGUGUUUGCUAGGAGAGUUACAGGUUUAUUUUUUGUAAUAACGUCUCGAUGCCUUAUUUGGAUUGGCUUCAGUUCUGCAUUGGACCCCGUUGAACCUAACCUGACUCUACAUCAGGAAACAGAAGCAGCUUCCUGGCGCUGUACUGAUUGUGCAGAUCUCUGACGUGGUGAGCAGGCUCACUGUUGCGAUGAUACGUACUGAAACCUGUUGAGCUCAUUUCAAAGAAGUGCUUUUUUCUAGCUGUGUAAUUUAUUGUUUGUAUCAUCUCAGAAAAGGCAUCUUGUGUGUUUCCUCCUUGAACGGUGAAAAUACGCAAAAUACGGAUGUGUAUGUAUCAGAUGAUUUGAACAUGUGUUUAAUAUUGUACAGUGCUGUAGAACCAGUAGGUAGACACAGCUGGGACUAGUUUGUUCAUCUGAAGGUAGAAAAGCUUCAGUUCUGUUCUUAGAAAUAAUGAAACGCUGACAUCUUGUGGUUAGUUUAGAUUAAGAGUUUCUCUCCAGUUAUAGACGAGCCAGGAAGGAGAGAACUGAUCUAGAAAGGUCUUCAUUUUUUCCAAAUAAAUCUAGUCAUAUUUUACAAUGUAAUGCCAUUGUUUUGAAUGAUGUAAAUAUGUUUUAUUGUAUUUGACUAUAUUUACAUCCUAAAAAUCCUCCAGGGUUGGAGAAAUGAUGUGCCAAAGUCCAGUAGCUACAGUCCAACCAAUUAGCUGAUUGAAGCCUUGGAGGUGAAACAAUAAACUUUAAUUUUGA